CGUUGUGAUUCAGCAACUUUGAAGCCCAGAUAAAAACUGCAAUUUUAAGGAGCGCGUUUGACGCUCAAAAAAUCUCAACUCAAUAUGAUUGGUGGUAAACUUCGGACGGUGGUGUUUGAUGCCCUUUCACAAAAUGUCCUUAACUUCAGCCUGCUGUAUUAUUCAAAUUGAACCUUGAAGUCUUCCAAAACGGAGUGUGUUUACCGCCUGACAUCUACUGAGCUGACGAAUAAAGAUGGCAAAUGAAGAAAAUCCAUGCCCAUGUGACCUUGGUGACAAGUUGGAGUAUGGGGGCCAGGGACAGGAGGUCCAAAUAGAGCACAUCAAAGCUUAUGUUGUAAAGCCCUCCUCAGCCUCAAACAAAGCUGUCAUCGUCAUUCAGGACAUCUUUGGCUGGCAGCUCCCCAACACCAGAUACAUGGCUGACAUGCUGGCCUCCAAUGGAUACAUUGCUAUCUGUCCAGACUUCUUUGUUGGGAAAGAGCCAUGGAGUCCAACAGACGACUGGUCCACCUUUCAGCAGUGGCUGGAGGCCAGGAAGCCAACCAACAUAAACAAGGAGGUGGAUGCUGUGUUGAGAUUCCUGAAGGACCAGUGUGGGGCUAAACAGAUCGGAGCGGUGGGCUUCUGUUGGGGAGGGGUGGCUGUGCACUACCUGUCCUUGCAGUACCCAGAGCUGAAAGCUGGAGUCUCUCUUUAUGGCAUCAUUCGAGAGAGGGAGGACAGGUAUGAGCUGAAGAGUCCAACUCUGUUCAUCUUUGCAGAGAAUGAUGCGGUGAUCCCAUUGGAUCAGGUGAGCACUCUUGAGAAGAGCCUGCUGGAGAAAUGCCCAGUGGAUUACCAGGUGAAGAUCUUUCAAGGUCAGACGCAUGGUUUUGUGCACCGCAAGAGAGAGGACAUCAACCCAACAGACAAACCUAGCAUCCAAGAGGCCAGGAUGGAUAUGUUCAACUGGCUGGCCAAUUACUUGUAAACUGCCUCUAUUUACCCACAGUAAUGUGCUGUACAUUUACUGGAACCCAAAGUUUACAAUCAAGAAGCUUUAGCUAAUGUAGAUGUACACUUUACAUUAGUGGCCAUUAUAAUCAGGUAUUAGUCCUCAGGUUACAAUCUAGUAACAUCAGUAUAAGUGUCCAAUUAAAAUAUCAAACACUAAAUAUGCAUACUACUGCAUGCAAAUAAAAUAUGCCAUUCCAUGUUUUUA